GUGAUAAUGAAAAUUAACGCGGAAAAAUCACAGCUGACAGAAAUGACAGAAAUUUUCCAUGGAAAAUGUUUUAAUUCCUUCAAAUACUACUCAAGAUAGUUUCUUUGUAUGACCAGCAUUGUUCUGCGGGUGCACGCAAGAUCAUUUCACCUCCAAAAUCUCAUGAAACAGCUCAACUAUGACUUCAUCUAUAGAACAGUGUAAACAGAUAUGGUGUAAUGCAGACACUGUGUGUUUUGAUGUUGAUUCUACUUUGAUCAAAGACGAGGGUUUAGAUGAGCUGGCGGAAUUCUGUGGGGUUGGCAAGCAAGUCAAAGAAUGGACAAAUAAAGCUAUGGGAGGCAGUAUGAGAUUUAGAACAGCCCUUGAGAAGAGGCUGGAGAUCAUUCAGCCAACUAUAGACCAGAUUACACAAUUUAGAGAGACACAAGCAAUCAGAUUCUCUGACGGUUUAGAGGAACUUGUAGAAUUGCUUCAUGAACGAGGGACAAAGGUGUAUUUGGUGUCUGGAGGAUUUAGAAGUCUUAUAGAACCUGCUGCCAAGCUGCUGGACAUACCUUUCAAUAAUAUCUAUGCAAACAGACUUAAAUUCUUCUAUAAUGGUGACUAUGCAGGUUUUGAUGUAAGAGAACCUACCAGUGAUUCUGGGGGUAAAAAACUUGUAGCUGAGAAGCUGAAGCAGACAUGUGAAAAUCUUGUAUUUAUUGGAGACGGAGCAACUGAUCUUGAAGCUUAUCCGCCAGCAGAUUUAUUUAUAGGUUAUGGAGGAAAUGUAGUGAGAGAGACCGUGAAACAGAAAGCACCAUGGUAUAUAACAGACUUUCAGGAUCUCAUUCAGAUAUUGCAAGACUCAAGUUGAUGUUAGCAGUUUCCUAGGAGGCUUCGUUUUAAGUUUAAGGCAAUAUUUUAACAGAUAGUCAGCAUUAUUGCAAAUAUUUGAAAAUUGGGUGUGACUGUGAUAAAGUGAUUGUUGUGUAUUCUAGUUUGUGAUAACGUUGGUAAACAUCAUUCAUGGACUUCCUUAUACAUUUUAAUCUUCUUAUCAUCAUCGACUUCAUAGAAACUAAGUAAUGUGGUCAUGCUCAUCCCGUAUGCAGUGCAGAAACUGCCUUGCAGCCAUAGUCAUAAUGAGGUCAGAUUAAUCCUGGACAGUGCAGAUACUGUCUUGAAGCCGUAUUAGUAAUGAGGUCAGGUUCAUGCAGGUACUUUCUUGCAGUUAUGAUAGUAAUGAAGUAAGGUUUAUCCUGGACACUGUGGAGGUACUACCUGGCAGCCAUGUUAGUAAUGUAGUCAGGUUCCUCUUGGACAUUGUGAAGGUACGAUCUUGCAGUCAUGUUAGUGAUGUAGUCAAGUUCCUCCUUGACACUGUGGAGGUACUAUCUUACAGCCAUGUUAGUGAUGUAGUCAGGUUCCUCUUGGACAGUGUGGAGGUACUAUCUUGCAGCCAUGUUAGUAAUGUAGUCAGGCUAUACUGGACACUGUGCAGGUACUAUCUUAUGGGCAUGUUAGUAAUGUAGUCAGGCUCAUCCUGGACACUGUGCAGGUACUAUCUUGCAGCCAUGUUAGUAAUGUAGUCAGGCUCAUCCUGGACACUGUGCAGGUACUAUCUUUCAGGCUUGUUGGUGAUGUAAUCAAGCUCAUCCUGGACACUGUGCAGGUAAUAUCUUACGGGCAUGUUAGUAAAAUAGUCAGGCUCAUCCUGGACACUGUGCAGGUACUAUCUUGCAGCCAUGUUAGUAAUGUAGUCUGGCUCAUCCUGGACACUGUGCAGGUACUAUCUUGCAGCCAUGUUAGUAAUGUAGUCAGGCUCAUCCUGGACACUGUGCAGGUACUAUCUUGCAGCCAUGUUAGUAAUGUAGUCAGGCUCAUCCUGGACACUGUGCAGGUACUAUCUUGCAGCCGUGUUAGUAAUGUAGUCAGGCUCAUCCUGGACACUGUGCAGGUACUGUCUUGCGGGCAUGUUAGUAAUGUAGUCAGGCUCAUCCUGGACACUGUGCAGGUACUAUCUUGCAGCCGUGUAAGUAGUCAGUUUCAUCUUGGACAAAAUGCAGAUACUGUCCUGCAUUCAUGUUAGUAAUGUACUUGGGGUUUAUCCUGGACAUGAUGCAUGUAACAUCUUGCAGCUUUUUUCAUAAUGAGGUCAGGUUCAUCCUGGACACUGUGCAGGUACUGUCUUGCAGCUGUAAUAGUAAUAUAGUCGGGUUCAUUCUGGACACUGUGCAGGUACUUUCUUGCAAUCAUGUUUGUAAUAAGGUCAGGUUUAUCUUGGACACUGUGUGGGGUACUAUCUUGCAGCCAGGUUAGAAAUGUGGUCACAUUCAUCAUGGACACAAUGCAGUAACUGUCCUGCUGUGGUCAGGUUCACACUGUAGGAAUGUCUGUAAGAUGAAAGGAACUUGCAUUUUUGUGUUAAUAAUUUUGUAUAAAUCCUCGAUUACAUUUUUGAGAUAAGGCUUAUUUUGCAUGUGUCAGCAAUGCCCUGUUGAUUAAAAAAAGAAUAAGUUGUCUAAGCCCUGGUGACAACGUAAUACCUUAGUGUGCAAAGGUUUGGGGGGGCACCAUGUGGGGCAUAUGGUUUUCACAAAGAGCUCUUGUUUCAGUUUCAUUGAAUAGUUACGGUUGCAUACAAUUUCUUGUAUGAUUUUUAGCUUGACUAUACGAAGUAUGAAGAGCUAUCCUACUCGACCCGGCAUCGGCGUCAUUCCGCAUCCGCACUUUGGUUAAAGUUUUGAUCCACUUUAUCUUUGUUAUUACUUGAUGGAUUUUCUUCGAACUUAAAAUAGUUGUUCCUCAUCAUCACCCACAUCAUAUGGCACAAGGGUCAUAACUCUGGCACCAAUUUUUCAUGAAUUGUCCCCCCUUUUUACUUAGAAUUUCAGGUUAAAGUUUUGGUGCACUUUUAUUUUAUCUCAGGUAUUACUAAAUGGAUUUGAUUAAUUCUUGAAACAGUUGUUUCACAUCAUCUUCAACAUCCUAUGGUAUAAGAUCCAUAACUGUGGUAUGAAUAGUUAAUGUAUUAUCCCCCCUUUUACUUAGAAUUUUGGUUUUGAUGCACUUUCAGUCUAUCUCAGUUAUUACUAAAUGGAUUUGAUUCAAACUUAAAAUAGUUGUUCAACAUCAUCAUGUACUUCAUUUGACUUAAGGGCCAUAACUCUUGCCCCAGCAUUUCAUGAAUUAUCCUCCCCUUUUUACUUAAAAUUUCAGGUUUAAGUUUUGAUGCACUUCCACUAUAUCUCUGUUGCUGCUGAAUGGAUUUGAUCCAAACUUAAAAUAGUUGUUCCACCUUAUCACCCACAUCUUAUGACAAAAGAUCCAUAACUCUGGCACAAUUUUUCUUGAAUUAUGCCCCCUUUACUUAGAAUUAAAGGUUAAUUUUGAUGCAUUUUCACUAUAUCUCCGUUACUACAAAAUGGAUUUGAUUCAACAUGACACAAGGUGCAUCACUUUUGCACCUAGAUUUCAUGAAUUUUGCCCCCUUUUUGCUUAGAAUUAUACUUAUUUAAUGUUUUGAUACACUUUAUUCUUAUCUCUCUUACUAAUUGAUACUUUUGACACAGACUAAAGCUAUUAUCCAAUAUCUUCAUCCACAUUGGAGUAAUUAAACACUCCAGUGACACCUCCAGCUUCAUCAAAUAUGCCUAGUUUCACUAUCCAGCAUUGAAAUAGUUUAGCGCGCUGUCUCCUGUGACAGCCCCUGUUAUUUCCCUUUGUAUUUUCAAAAGGUAAACUUGUAUCACAAUGUGUGUUUGUGAUGUGGUUGGAGAAUGCAAUUGAAUUAAGUGAAAUAAGGAGACUUGUAAAGGUCAUACGUUGGAGACAUUUACUCCUAUCUGUGUGUGUCUGUCUGUCACAGUUCUUGUCCGUGCUCAAAGGCUGAACAGUUAUCAUCCAAUCUUCACCAGACUUGAACAAAAUGUGUUUGACAAUAGAUCCUCGGCCAGCUAGCCAAAUGGGCCCAGGCACUAAGGAAUUAUGGCCCUUGAAUUACUGAAAAUUGCUCUGUUCACUGAUGUUAGCGCUCUUAAAUCAGUUUUCAUCCAUCUUUACCAAACUUGGACAAAAUGUGUUUGAAAAUAGUCCUCGGCCAAGUUUGAUAACUAGCCAAAGCGGCCCACGCACUUAGUAAUUAUUGCCCUUGAAUUACUGAAAAAUGCUCUGUACACUGAUGUCUGUGCUUCAAGUUGAACAGUUCUUAUCCAAACUUAACAAAACUUGAACACAAUGUGUUUGACAAUUAGUUCUCGGUAAAGUUCAAUAACUAGCCAAAUCGCUCUAUACACAGAUGCAAGUGAUACAUGUAUUGAUGCAUGGCUGACUCAGAUACAUACCGGUAGUGGAGAAAAAAUGCCAAUCUAUUAUGAUAAGGCAGUAGUGGGAGACAUGUGCUUUUCUCAAAAGCAGCUCUGGUUUUGUUUUAGAAAAUGGCAUUUUAUGGGGAUAUGUCAAUCCCAUACUUCACAACACACAUAUGUUGUAAUAAAGUAUUUGUUUUAUUUUACAUUUAUAUAGUAGUUGAAUUUGUAAUAUACAAAUAAUUCAAGAUCUGGCAUAAGAUGAUUCUGGUUAGUAUCAAUGAGAAAAGAAACCCUUGUUAAUCUACAAAAAGUGAAAACUUUCUUAACUCAGUAUAUAGAAUCAAUUGUUUUUAGGAAAAUCUGAAAUUAACCAAGUUUCUGUUAGCAAAAUUAGGUUAACAUAUCAACAUUUGAUGUGACUGAAAACUGUAUAAGACUUCCUUUCUGCAUUUUUGCUAUGCUGAUUUACUUUUCCAAAUAGAAUGAACUUUCCAUAAGCCCUUUAUGGCUUUUUAACAAUAUCUGCAUUUAGAUGGCGAUCAUUCAGUUGCAAGAUCAGUAGAAAUUUGGGAUUUUAAGUUCCCACAGUGAAGUUCUGCAUUUACUUUUACCGUUUAAAGCAUAAUGAUUGAAUUAAAGGUAAUCUUACUUUUGUGCUGAUAAAUUGCAAGUUGUGUUGUUGAAGUUUAAAUAUAUCUAUUUCGAAGAUUUCUUAAUACAAAAUGUAAUUUUUUUCUAAAGAUGUUUGUUUUGUUAAAAGCAGAAAUGUUUUAAGAGAAUUUAGUAUAUAUAGAAUGUGAAACUAUUAUGCACUUAUUUACAGGUACUUUAACUUUACAUGUAGACAAAAAGUUUGCAAAAUGGUUGGACAUUUUUAAACAAACUUUUUAAACAUUUUUAUACACAUAUUUUUAUCUCCGUGUAUUUACCACAAGUAACACGCAUCAUUUUUGAGUCGGCUAAAGGCUGAAAGCCUUUUGACGAGUCCUUGCUGUUCAGCGAUUCUCUAAAUGGAUCGAAUAACUCGUGAAGGGAUGUAGUUCCAUUAGAUUUCUCAAACUUCAAACAGUUCACUGCAUGAAUGAAGUUAAGUUGUGUCAAUUCCCUUUGCUAUGACCAAUAUACGAUGUAAUCUGUCAUAUUUAUGACUUGUAAUUGUGCAAUACUCGAAUGUAACUCAUUAAGCAUAAAUGUGCAUUUUAAGAAUUGCGCAGGCUCUUACUGGUUUGUUUAGUUACUACUGAUAUUAAAAAUGAUUUUAAUUCUUAUUUUUCGAGAAAUAAACAAAUCGGCGAAACAUUAAAUUGUAUUUUCUUGUAGUUUUUGAAAUCGAAAGUAGAUCGUCUAUGUUUGGCUGCUUUCACGAAAGGAAACAACUUUUUUAUGAAAAGAUUUAAAUAGGAGGUAAUUUAACCGUAAACUUCAAUGUCAGAUACUGCCAAUUGCUGCUAAAUGUCUUCGUAUCAUCACAAUUUGUAAAAUAUAUUGUUGAAACUGGAGAAAAAUGUAAUCGUAUCCGGAUAUAAUAUUUUGGGUAAAUAUCGAGCUGUGUUAUGAAAUUUUAAGAAAAAAACUAAAAACAAACUGAAACUGGUAGACUAUACUGUCAGUACAUCAAUCAUUAGCCGACUCAGGCCCUUCAGGCCUUUGAUUUAAUUCAGUAUUUGAAGGCUUAAAACAAAUUAAUGUAAUUUUUAUAUCAAACAUCUAUACUUUCACCAAUAACACAGUUGUACAGUUUACCUCACUUGGAGCUUUUAAAAUUUAUUGUUCAGUAUUUGUCCAAAACAAAUAAAUUUUUACAAUUGAU